CUCGGCCCCGCCCACGGCCCUCCGCGCUUGGGUUCCGCUCUCCCGCCGAGCGGCGGCGGCGGGACUCCCGCUGCGCAGGAUCCAGGCUGGGGUCUUCUGGCUUUGGCCGUUGACUGAUAUGUCUUCUUUCGAACUUCAAGCACAGGUUGCUUUACAAACGUUUUUAAAGGGCCCCCGGUUGUCUUCCUGAAAUGAGUCUGGUUCUCAGAAACGUGCAGCGAGCUAUCCCGCUCCGAAGAGUGCCGCUCCGCCAGAGGAUGGAGAUAGUCAGGAGUAUUUUAGGGGUCCAGAAAUUCGACCUGGGGAUCAUCUGUGUUGACAACAAGAGUAUUCAGCACAUCAACAAGAUCUACAGAGAGAAAAAUUUCCCAACCGAUGUGCUUUCUUUUCCAUUUCAUGAGAAUCUGAAAGCGGGUGAAAUUCCCCAACCAGAUUUUCCAGAUGACUAUAAUCUGGGGGACAUUUUCCUAGGAGUGGAGUAUAUCUUCCAGCAGUGCAAAGAAAAUGAAGAUUACUACGACAUCCUGACCGUGACUGCCACCCAUGGGCUCUGUCAUCUACUGGGCUUCACCCACAGCACGGAGGCCACUUGGCAGAAGAUGUACCAGAUGGAGAAGCAGGUUCUCGAGGAGCUGGGCCGGCGCACUGGGCUCAGGCUCCAGCCCCUGAGCAGGGACCUCUUUUGAUGAUCACAGCCGAAGAUGCAGGUUUACCUGAGAGACCCUCCAGAACACGGGGACAGUGUGUGGAUGGGAGCCACCCCCUCCCUUCGGGCCCCGGGGAUCAGAGACUCCACCACACUGAGGGUCCUGCUGGGCAGCGCCCAAGCUGGAGCUAAAUUCCGUAAGUGGAACUAUUUCUUAAAGCAUGAGAGAAAUUUCCACUCAUGUCUUUACUGAGAACACAGCAGACAUGUUAUCUUCAGUAUUGUAAAUAAAACAAUUCUAAACCCUCA